AUGACAUCAUUUCAUGCUGCGUUUGGUUCAUUAAAUCAAGAACAAACACGUUUGAAUGAGAACGAAAUCAACUUUAGUCAUCAUACUCAAGAAUCCAUUGAUUUUUCGACAAUAGAUCUUGAUCAACAAGUAACACCGUCAAGCGAAAAUCAUUCGUCACUCUAUGAGAGUCUCAAUGACAAAGCACCAUUUCAAACUGAUUCAUUAUCAACGGCUGGUGCCAUGUCCAACACUCCUUCGAAUUUCUUUUCAAGUAACAAUUUUUCAUCGAAUUCAAUGACGACAGAUCGACGAAUAACGAUGCCUGAUAUUUCGAGAAUAUCCUCAUCGUCGGCCGCAGCCGUGGCUGCUGUUGCUCCAACGAUUGAUAAAUUCAAACAAUGGACUCGCACCACAUACAAAUGCACAAAGCAAUCCUUAUUCGAAAAGUUGGGUAAAACAUCGCGCACGGUUAAUGUUGAACUCGAUGCUCAAAUAGAGCAUUUGAGAGAAACGAAACGUCGAUACGAAGAUAUGCUUGCGUUAGCUCGAAGUUAUGCAAACCAUUUUUAUAAUCUAAUGCAAACACAAAGCGCCCUAAGUGAUCAAUUUAUUGAAUUAAAGCAAAAAACAUCAGUACUUGUCGACGAGUUUAGCUAUAACGCUGAAACACAACGAUUACUAGCGCGAAACGGCGAAACAUUAUUCAAUGCAUUGAAUUUCUUCAUUUCAACAAUGAAUACACUCUGCACUAAAACUAUCGAAGAUACAAUCACCACUAUUCGGUUGUAUGAAAACGCAAGACUGGAAUACGAUGCCUGCCGAGCGGAAAUUGCGCUUUUACCAGCGAGUGGACAAACGAAUGAAAAACUGUAUGAACUGGAAAAAUAUAAAGAAAAAUACGAACAGUUGAAAAGCGAUACAAGUAUUAAACUUCAGCUUCUCGAUGAAAAUCAGACGAAGGUUAUGAAAAAUCAAUUGCUUCUCUUUCAUAAUGCCAUCGCUGCCUACUUCUCUGGUAAUAAAGAAGCAUUAGAGUCGACGAUGAAACAGUUUAGCUUGAAAGUCUCUCCAAAUGGAACUCAAGAGCAUAAAUCGUUUAUAGAACAACUUCAUCGUUAA